AUGUUGUUUUUGGGGCUCAGAGCGCCGCUCAAAAACCCAUUUUAUGUAUUGCUUUAUCAUACCUGUCACGUCCCUUGCGGGAACAACGAGCGCACCUCAAGACUUAUCUUAAGAAUUCCAAGGAGAUUGUGA